AUGACUGGCCACCACAGUUGGGGAUAUGGGCAGGAUGACGGACCUUCAGAGUGGCACAAAUCUUAUCCUGUUGCCCAAGGGAACCGCCAGUCACCUAUUGAUAUAGUUUCUGCAAGAGCAGUUUAUGACCCUAAUCUGAAGCCACUUAUUAUCUCCUAUGAAUCGUGUACAUCUCUCAACAUCUCCAACAAUGGUCAUUCAGUUAUGGUUGAGUUUGAAGAUACUGAUGACAAGACAGCAAUCAGUGGUGGUCCCUUUGAGAAUCCAUUUCGGCUAAAGCAGUUUCAUUUUCACUGGGGGACAAAGCACAGCCAGGGAUCGGAGCACACAAUUGAUGGCAAACCUUUUCCCUGUGAGCUCCACUUAGUUCACUGGAAUGCCAGAAAAUAUGCAACAUUUGGAGAAGCAGCAGCAGCUCCAGAUGGCUUGGCAGUAGUUGGUGUUUUCUUGGAGAUUGGGAAAGAACAUGCCAAUAUGAACAGACUCACUGAUGCUUUGUACAUGGUAAAAUUUAAAGGAACAAAAGCUCAAUUUAGAAGCUUCAACCCCAAAUGUCUCCUGCCUUUGAGUCUAGAUUAUUGGACAUACCUUGGUUCUUUGACAACACCACCCCUUAAUGAGAGUGUAACAUGGAUAGUGCUGAAAGAACCCAUCAGAAUUUCUGAGAAACAGCUGGAGAAAUUUCGCAUGCUCCUCUUCACUAGUGAGGAAGACCAGAGGAUCCAAAUGGUGAAUAAUUUUCGCCCCCCUCAGCCUCUUAAGGGCAGAGUAGUUCGAGCUUCCUUCAAGGCCUGAAGAAAACUGAUAAUGGCCCUGAGAUAUCCAAGAGCUUCCACAUUUGAGAUUCUAUAAACAGAAACUCUGGUCUUCAGAUCACUCAUGGAACACACAAGACAGCCAUUUCCAUGAACACUCUACUUGGAGGGGGACAAUCUUCUGAUUUUAUAUUUUAUUUGAAUUGCUCAUUCUUUUGAGAAAUGGGAUCUUUUUAACUAGCACUUUUUAAUAUAAGGGAUAGUUGAGUAAACUAGAGUGUUCUCCAAGACCUGAAACUCUAAAAAUUAAAAUGAAAUUAAAAUACCACUUAAUAUAAAAUGGGAAAUUAUGUAGUGAUCUACUAGUACCAAUGGCCACAACUUCUAAUUGUCUCAUUUAAUACAUGAUGAAACAGUAGUCAAGAAUUUUGGACAAACUGGACUUAAAUUUCCCUUACCCAUCUCUUGUUAGCAUUUGAGCUCUGUCUGAUUUAAAGAUUGCUUUCACUGUAUUCUUGCUGUCGACACAUACAGUGCACGAGUAGCACUAGAAAAAAGUUCUUUACUCACCUCAAGUAGGCACUGGUAUGAAAACUACAUAUAUAUUUUAAAGUUACUGUUCUAAGAUGCUAUUUUAUAACUAAUUCAAAAUAGCAAUGCAAAUGCUGCUUAAAAGCAGGCCAUUUUAUUGCACAGUGUCAUUCAGACAUUUGGUUUUUUAGCCCAUGCAGCAUAUGUAACUAUAAUGCCUUUGUAAAUUGUCUUGAACAUCUAUAGCAAUUCAGGUAUGUGUUUUGUGGUUCUCAAUUGUUCAGAUUCUACCUCAGUUAAGUGAUUUGCUCUGCAAUACAACCUCCUUUAUUGUCUGCCCUAAAGAAAGUAGAUAUUUUGUUUACCUUAGGGACCUAACAUGGGUAGACCUUGACUGCACUGAAUGUACCUUGCUGCACAAAUCAUCCCCUCAUUACAGCAGUCUGUCAGAGAUACUCCCUGCAGAUAGGAGGUUUCAUCAGUCCUGAGUCCCUUUACCUCUUCAAAAGAAAGUUGCUUUAGAAAAGCCAUGUGUUAGUACUACUGCUUCUGCAGCUUAGUGACAAAAUUCAGGCUUGUGUCUCUGGUACUAAAUACAGUGAUGUUAUCUGUGACUACCCACAGUCUAUUUUCAGUUAGUUUAAUUCUGGGCUUCAAAUGUUCUACUUCAUCUGUAUAGUUCAGAUAGAAAUUGCUGAUGUUUAUAAAUUUUCAUCAGCUUAGGUGGAGAAAUCAUCUAAGAUCUACAAUGUAGAGGAAAGCGGGGGCGAGGAAAGGAGAAGAGAUACUAUGGGCUGCUCUUUUUCAGAAAGGCAGAAAGACACUAGAUGUGAAGCACAGUGCAGGGAAUGGAAGACUAGAAUUCUAGGCCUAACUCUUCUACAGUUUUUUGGGUACACUGACCUAAAACUUUCCAUUCCUCAGUUUCCUCUUAUAUAAAAUGAGGGUAACACUGACCUACCUCACAGGGAUGUUGUGAGGGCUAAUUCAGCAUUGUUUUAGAUGUGAGAUUCUUAUACAGCAGAUGCUAAAGGAAACAGAAAAUCAUUACAAAAUGCAAUGUUUUUAGCUGUUAUGAUUGUAACUUUGCUAGUAAUACAAACUGGUAUUGCAGAAAAUCUAUUUAAUGUAUCUUAAUUUCUUUAACAAAUGAAAUAAAUGAGACUUCAAAAUCAA